GGCUUCGAGCCCGUGUAUGGCGCGCGGCCCGUGAAGCGCGCCGUGACGCAGCUGCUGGAGACGCCCAUUGCGCGCGCCAUCCUGGCGGAGGAGUUUGUGCCCGAGGACACCAUCGAGGUCGACCUGGAUGAGUCAGCGCCGCAGGGCGGCCGCCUGUUGCUGCGCAAGGGGCCCAAGGCGGCGACGGCGUCGGUUGACUUUGCCAUGGCGCGGGGUUGA